AUGGCUGGCGAACAAUUUUCAUUAAGUUGGAAUGAAUUUCAUAAAAAUUUAAGUGUUGGUUUUAUAAAUUUAUUUGAAGAUUCCUCACUUGUGGAUGUGACUUUAGCCGUGGAUGGUCGUAAAAUACAAGCACAUAAAGUUGUGUUAUCCGUAUGCAGUCCAUAUUUUAAAGAAUUAUUUAAUGAGAAUCCGUGUCAACAUCCAAUUGUAUUUUUAAAAGAUGUUAAUUUUUCAAUUUUACAAAAUUUACUCAAAUUUAUGUAUCAAGGGGAAGUCAAUGUCUCACAAGAAGAGCUAGCCGAUUUUAUAAAAACUGCUGAAGAAUUACAAAUUAAGGGCCUUACAGGAACUGGGAAUAAUGAUACGGGGCAAAGUCCUCGAUACAUUCCACCCAAGUACAAACAAGAAUUCAAUCCAUACCAUCCAUAUAACAACUCAAAUCGGCACAAUAAUCGUAUGGUAAAUCCAAACAGAUAUAAACCAUUACUCCCAAAUAACAGUAAUCUACCCAGAAGAACAUUGCCAUCAAUGUUUCAUCGUAAUUUAAAUAAAGGCACCAAAUUUCAAGUGGUCAAUACACCGCCAGAAAUUAAACGACAGUGUGCGGAUGUCUCAAAUUUGGAAUUAAGAAAUCAACAACAACUUCAGCAACAACAAUUACAGGAAUUAAGGAAUCAGCAACAACAGAGGAAUAAUGAAAGGAACGAAGAUCAACAAAGUAAUGAACCAACACCCACACACACACCGACACCCACUCCAACACUUACUAAUAAUGAUGCAUCAUCGAAUGAAGACAUGGUCGUGAAUGUGAAACCAGAACCACAAGAUUACGAUAUGGACGAUAUACCUGUAAAAAAUGAUGAUUCUUUUCCAGCGGAUGAAACAUUUGAAGAUUCUAUGGACGAACCUCAAGCUGGAACGAGUAUGGACGUGAAAGUGGAAGGACAAGAUGCUGUAUCACAAGACAAUUCAUCACCAUAUUUAAUAAAAACUUCGAAAGGUUUCUCACGUUUAAUAGUUGAAGGAUAUGCAUUUAGUAUUAAAAGUCGUUACAAUACAACAAUCUUUUGGAAUUGCUGCAAUAAAGGACGUGGUUGUAAAGUUACAUGUUCCACGAAAAAUGGUAUGUUACGCAUGAAAUAUGGACAGGAGCAUACGCAUCCACCGAAUGCGCAUGAACAAUAAUUUAAAAAAAUUUUUCCCUCCAUAAAGAAAAAUUCAAACACAAUCAACAAUAUUUUGUAAAAAGAAAAUGCUGUUCCAAAAUAACUCAGGAGGUAAAAAUAAAGAAAAAAAUAAAAAUAAAAACUUCAAUAUUAUUCGUCAUUGUGUUAAAUAAAAAAAAUUAUUUUAUUUUGUUUGGUUCAAUAAAAUUAUAGAGAAUGGUUAUAAAAUCGGCAAAAUUGAUGAAAACAGUUUUUAGUUUUUAAGUUAUGAUUGUAUUUACUUCAGAAUUUGUCAUAAAUAAAAUUGGAAAAGGAUUGACAUUAAUUUCCUUACUCUUGGACAAAGAGUAUUCAUACCGACAUUAUGAGGCAAUUUUAAAACGAAAAAAGUCGAGAAUAUGCUUAUCUAAAAUCGACAACAUACACCGGCUGCGGCAGGCAGUGCCAUAGGUACGGUUGCAAGGCUAUCUGCUCCACCCAAAGCGAGGCGUAAAUAUUUAUGGCCGCAUUCAGUCUCCGUAAAUUCUUCAAUAUAGCUAAACGUUGUUCUAAAAAGAUAAUCUUCCCAGAGCUCUGACUGCGGCAAACAGACAACCUAGUAAGCGAUCUCUAAGUGCAGACGUACAAUUCGAAUAUCCCCUUACUAAAAGUUUCAUAAAAAGAGAUCUGCUUCAGUAUGAAAAUGGCGAUGUUCGACGGCUUUUUCUAAAAAGAGAAUUCAUUAAAUCUAUAUACAUUUGGAAGAGAGUCCAUUAAAUCUAUAUACACGUUACUUUUAUUCCAGCUUGGAAUUAUUUCUAUAUGCCUUCACGCCGGGAGGCUCCUAUAACAUUCGAGAAUGUUUUAGAAAGAUAUUUAAGGGGUGUUCUGGUCUAGAAGCCUAAAUUGUAGGCAUUUUUCAAACUAAGUUUAAAAAAAAAUUGAAAAACAUUUUUGCAGCCAAUUUUUUCAUAUUAUAUUAAUUGACAUUUUAAAAAUACAAAAUGAAAAUUGUAAAAAAAAGUAAAGAUGUCGUUAUCGUCUGAACUUCGGUCAAAAAAAAGGAAAAUUUACAAAAUGGUGUCAAAAUGAAAAAGAAAAAAAUUCAUUUUAACCCCUUUUUUACAUUUUGGAUUUAUUUAAAAUAGAACUGGACAGAGGAACUCGGAUAAUAAUAUUACCCACUUUGGAUUAAUCAGCCAUCCUAGAUCCAUACAUUGGGUCUUCUUCUACUUCAUAUGCAAUGUUUUGUGAUUUCUGCUAACCGAGCUGUUUUGCAUUCUUUUGAAGCAGCAAGAGCUCACUGUACAGAGAGAUCAAUUUGAGUUUCGUUACCAGAAAACUCGCUGUAUCUCCGAAAAUAAUUCAAUUUUUUUAAAAUUCGUUUAAGGACAUAUUCAAAGGAUCCAACCUUUAAAAAUAUGCAAAAAAAAAAAUCGUUUUCUUCAAAUUUCUAGACCAGAAUACUGUUUUUAAAUAACCAUGCGCCAACAGUGCAUAUAAGAUAGAUAUUAUUCUUUCUUCUCAGGCGGCCUUUCUAUUAAAUGCUUUAACCUUUUAACCAUUCUUUGAAAGGAUAAAAUACAUAUAAAAUGCCUUAAAAAGCAAGGACUUCUUCAUUUAGAAAAGGCCAUCGACUACAGUCGACAUUUUUUUAUUAACUACGUACAUAUUUUAAUUUUCAUUUAAUUUGUAAAAACUGUCCCAAUA